CUGUCGCCAUCUCCACUCAUCUCAAUUCCUCGCCAUGAUGCUGUCUCGAGCUGCGCGCCCGGCUCUGAAGGCUGGCAUGGCCGCCGCCGCCCGGCCCGCCACCCUCACUGCCACCAACGCCGCCGGCUAUGCCACUCUCCGUGAAAUCGAGGGUCGCCUCAAGUCGAUUCGCAACAUUGAGAAGAUCACCAAGACGAUGAAGGUUGUCGCCUCGACCAAGCUCACGCGCGCCCAGAAGGCCAUGCACACGUCGCGUACCUACGGCCAGACGUCCAACACGCUCUUCGACAGCGCCGAGACCAAGCCGAUUGAGGGCGAGGGCAAGAAGACGCUGAUUGUCGUGUGCAGCUCCGACAAGGGUCUCUGCGGUGGUAUCCACUCGGGUAUGUCGAGGAGGGUCAGGAAGAUGCUUCUCGAAGCCCCCGAGGCCGACCUUGCCAUUGUUGGCGAGAAGUGCAAGGCGCAGUUGGGCCGUUCCAACUCAAAGAACGUCGUUGUCAGCUUCGCUGGUGCCGGAAAGGACGUUCCUACUUUCGCCGACGCCUCGGCCAUUGCCGACCAGAUCUCUCUGCUCCCCACCGAUUACGCCUCGAUCCAGAUUGUGUACAACAAGUUCAUCAACGCUUCGUCGUAUGAGGCUACCGUUCAGGAGGCUUUCUCCGAGGAGGCCAUCUCGCAGUCCCCUCAAUUCUCUGCCUUUGAGAUCGAGGACGAGGUUCUCCCCAACCUCCGCGAGUACGCUUUCGCCAACUCUCUCUUCUGGGCACUUGCCGAGGGUCACGCUUGUGAGCAGUCUGCGCGUCAAAACGCCAUGGACAACGCAUCCAAGAACGCAGGUGACAUGAUCAACAAGUUCCAGAUCCUGUACAACCGUACCCGUCAAGCCGUCAUUACGGGCGAACUUGUCGAGAUUAUCACCGGUGCGGCUGCUUCGGAGGGUUGAGCGUGGUUAGAAAUAGACAUAUUCCCCCCUCGAAAUCUCUGGUACCAAUUUCACUCGUGAUUUUGGGGCCUGUGUAGAAAUAAAACAUCUUCUCACCCGUGCAAUGUCUCUUGAUUAUCCCGGCUUUUUUGUCGUACUGGUAGUAUUUUUUUCGGACUCGUGGUAUUCUAGCUCUAAGUAUGGAUUG